CGUUUAACUCGGCUACGACGGGAUACGCAUUGUCGAUGGAGGCGAUGAUCACAAUAACCUACUUCUAGACUCACCGCUACGAUUUAGCGCCAUGUUAUUAUUGUGAUCGACUAAAAUCUUAGCGUUGUGCAUCUCCCUACUCAUCUCUGCUUUUGGUAGCACAUGUCCCCCAUUGGGGAUACAGCCAUAAGGAAAGGAAGGAACGAAUCUCCACUUUUGGGUUCGCCUAAAACCGUAGCGUUGUGCAUCUCCCUACUCAUCUCUGCUAGUUCUUUCAUUAUGAACGAGUCGACUGCAGAUAAUGAUGACAGCUUUACGAAGAGCGAAGAAAAAGAGUCAAUUGAGGAUAAAUAUUACAAGCUUCGCGGCUUUGCAGUUAAAUUGAAGAAAAAGUUACAUGAUCUAUCUGAGCAGCUGAGAGUCUCGGAAACUGAGAAAAUUAAGAUCAGUGCUGAUAAGGAAGACUUGCAAAAUAAACUCAUGCAAAUAUCAGAAAAUGCAAGAAAGUUACAGACAAUUCACUCUGAGUAUGACAAACUACAAGAUGAUCUGGAACAAGAAAAAUGUGAAAAUAAGAAACUGGAAAAGAAUUUGGAAAGUCUUAUUUCUGAAAAUACAUCUCUUAAAGAGUCAUUGUAUGAAAAAAAAGAAAAUAUUACAAGAUUGUCCAACAAAAAUGAAUAUCUAUCAAAAGAAAAUGCAAAAUUACAGUUGAUUUUGAAACAAAAUCAAGAUAAAAUUAAUGUUUUAAUGGAUGAAAUAAAAACAGAGUUGGUAAUAAGAGAGCAAAAAGAUAAAGAGUAUGAGGAAAUGAAGAGUACUUUAAAUUUAGAAAUAGAUACACGCAAGACAAUUCAAGCCCAAUUAGAAUCUUUCAAACAAGAAUACGCAAUGAACAAUGUACUUUCCUUGGAAGUAGAAAAUUAUGAGAAAAGCAUAAGAGACCUGCAAACAAAACUCAAUGAAGAGGCUAUGAAAAAUGAUUCUUUUAAAGAUACAAUAGAAAAGCAUUUAAUGACCAUUGAUAACUUAAGUGAGCAAAUAGUUGAAUUACGGGAUACUUGCUUGACAAAAACGAAUCAAAUAACUAUUCUUGGGGAAAAGAAUGAACAUAUAAAACAGGAACUUUGCGAAGUGAAGCGCAAGGCUACAGAACACAAAAAAAAGAUGGAUAAGCUUAUUGAUGAACUGAGAGAUUUCAAGGCAAACACAAAUACACUUAAUGAACAGAUUGAAACCUUAUCUACUGAAAACUGUAGACUCUUGCAAGAAUUGAAAUAUCUUGAUGAAGCUCACAAUAAAAAGGUAAUGCAACUUGAAAAUGAAAUAGUCAACCUGAAUAUAGCAUUGACCAAUAGUCACAACGAGAUGGAGGCUCUACAGGCAGAAUUCACUGGAUAUAAAUUACGAGCCCAAAGUGUACUUAGAAAUAAACAGAGCCACAAUAAGGAAACUGGAUCUGGUGGGAGAAGCUUAAAUGAAAUCGAGGAAGAAUUGGAACAUACACGAACUCAUGCCGCUUUACUUCGAGACAAAUUAGAGAAUUACACACAACGCUUAGAAUAUUCGACAAGAGAAAUCAGUGUACUCAAGGAAGAACGAGACCAGGCAUACGCAACUCUUAAUGAAACCAUUGAAAAAAUGAAUAUACAUCGCCAAGAAUUUUCUUCAUUGAUGGAGCAGCGGCGUUCGGAAUCUUUAAAAUUUCAAGAAAUGCAGAUUGAACAUUCCAAGCAAAUUGAAGUACUUCAACAAACUCAGAAGAAUAAUUUAUCCACCAUCAAGGAAAAAUACCAGAUAGAAAUUCAAAACUUACAGAUGGAGGUUCAAAAAUAUAAAUGUGGAUCAAACGACAACGUUACGAAUAUAUAUCCAGAAAAGCAGGAAGAUUCGGUGGCCGAUACCGAAAACCAUCCCCGCUUUUCUGGAAUGUCAAUUUUAGAAAGAGAAGAUGGAGAGGGAUCAGAGAGCGUGGACUCCUAUCCAUCUGUUGCACCUAAUAUAGAGAAACUGCGGAAGCCCGCUCUGAUGCCUCUCGAUGAACUCUUGAACUCUCCGGAUGAUUUUACAACAAGUCAAAAUUCGUCUUUUCCGAACCGGCAGGAACUUGAAAUCUACGAGAGACGCGUCAAACAUUUGACGGCGUUACUCUCGGACGCUGAAAAGGAUAUUGCUAAGUUGACACAACUCAAUCAACUUCUUAAAGAAGAGAUAAGAAGACAGCAACGCAGUGUAGAGCGAGAGCAGCAUGCAAAUAACUUCGAAUAUCUCAAAAAUGUUGUUUUCAAGUUUGUCACGCUAAAAAACGGGGACGAGCGUAGCCACCUUAUUCCAGUAUUAAACACAAUUUUAAAGCUCAGUCCCGAGGAAACACAGAAAUUAAAUGUCGUUGCUGGAGUAACGGGAAAGAGCUGGAUACCAGGAAUACCAAUACCUGGAUGGAAUCACAACUGAAUUAAGCAUUAUUGUACUGCAACAUCUCUUCUGAGAAUGCUAAGCACGUUCUAUUACAUAUGUAUGAAAUUGUAAAUAUUAUAAAGAAUAUAUCUGCAAAAUUAGUUAAAUUUAAAAAAAAACAUUAAUGCAAUAAAUUUUUGGACAAAUUA